AUGAUAUUUUUUCAUAAUACAAAUCAUAUUAAGAUUGAAGACAAAUACAAGGACAGAUUGAUCUUCAAUACAACAACAUUCAGCCUGGAACUCAGGAAUCUGCGGAAAAAUGACAGUGGACUUUAUACAUGUGAAAUUAGAUGGGAUUUCAACAUAACCAUAGUUGUGUAUAAACUUUUUGUUCUUGAGCCUGUGGCUGCUCCUGCACUGACUUUAGUGUCUAACUGGUCCAGCAGUAACUCUUGUGAUGUGACGGUGACCUGCAGAGGUCAUGACCUCUCUCUGACCUUCAGCUGCAACAGAAGCAGCUGCACUCAGCUGGGAGACAUCCUCAUCACUCCCACCCUGGUAGUCUUUGCCAGAGAUGGAUACAUUGUCUGUAACCAUAGCAACCAAGUCAGCUGGCACAACGUCACUCUGGACAUGUCAUCACUCUGUGAAUUUGCCAGAGAGGAAGACUCUACUCAGUGGACUGUUGGACUGAUGGUUUUAUUGACUGCUGGACUGAUCUUUGCUGGGAUUGUUGCUGCCUGUGUAGUGAUAUGCAUCUGUCGAAGCAAACGGAGGCGUACAGGAACAGAUUCAACUGAUUAUGCAGAUAUUAUAUGGCUUUCACAUAGAACAGAGGUGCCAGAGAGAGCAACAGGGGACAUCAGAGAGCAGAAUGAAAGAGUCAAAUCACUGAGCAAUCUAACGCCUGAACCACAACCAUUUCCAGCCGUCAUCUACAGCCUUCUUCAGCCUCCUAGGCCAGAGUCUGAUGUCCACUAAGACUUAGUCCAUGAGCCAGGGCCCCAAAUUUGGGCCAUUGGUAUCAUCUGGGGGGACAAAUGCUAUCAUUGUUUUUUGGCAAGGUAUACACCCCUAGUACUAGAAAAAUCACGAUAGCAGUGCUGGGGUGGUAACGAAAUCACUUUUUUCAGCUCAUGACUAAC